AUGCUGGGUCCUGUGAAGGAGGAUACGGUGACCCGUGCAGAGGGAAACAGCGGACGCAGCAUGGGGACAGAAAAUACCACCACGACUAAUAUACUGGCCUCUGUUAAAGAGCAGGAGCUCCAGUUUGAGCGUCUGACCAGGGAGCUGGAGGCAGAGAGGCAGAUUGUGGCCAAUCAGCUAGAGCGAUGCAGACUGGGGGCGGAGUCACCUGGUGCGGCCAGCAUAAGCUCCUCUGAAAAGUCUCUCCUCUGGAGAUCUGCAGACUCCUCCACUCCGGGGACCUCCAAGGCCCACGUGAUGGACAGUAGUCCCUCGCCCACGUUUGGGGUCAGAGGGCAACAGGAGCAGGGGUCACUCUACUCUCCCGAACUGGAACAGGCCUCUCUGCAUGAAAGUGAGGGGUCUGCAGCCAACUCACGCAGCUCCACCCAGAUGAACUCGUACUCCGACAGCGGUUACCAGGAAGUCGGCGGUUACUAUAGCAACGUGGCGACGGGCCGGUCCGAGGGCAGGUCCCAGUCGACCAGCUCUGCUCCUUGCGGCAGCCCCACUGUAGGCUCCAGGGCCGAAGGGCAAACCUCAUCACAGGCGACAGGGGGAGGUCGUGCGAUGCGGCGCGUGAGCUCCGUACCUUCCCGCGCCCAGUCUCCGCUCUUCGCCUCCUCGGGUUCGCCCGGUCGCAUGCCCCUGCGUUCCUCCCUGGGAAGCCCCUUUUCCUCGCCCAUCGUCUCCGAGCCCAAGCCUCUUCCCAGCGUCUUCCCCGGUACCACCCUGCCCCCCGCCUCCAGCCACACCCCGGACCCUUACUCCGCCCGCGGCUGCGAGGAGACCGGGUCGGGGUCGGACUCGUCGCCGACGCUCCGGUCCGGGAUGACGGCUCAGCCGCAGCACUACGGCACCCACGGCGGGCACGACACGCAGGGAUACGGGACGCGCUCGUUCGGGACGCGGGCCUACGAUGUCUUUGAGAGGAUGGUCCUCUCACGACCGGACAGUCUCACAGGUCUCCAGAGCUCGUACAGCCAGCAUAGCCAGUUAGGACAAGACGUCAGGUCGAACCUUUCUCCCGAACACCACAUCACGCCCAUCUACGAGGACAGAACCUUCCAGAACCCUGUGUACCAAAGCCCCACCCAUGGCUCCCAAAGCGCCCUCUACAGGACUAAUGCAGGGUUAGGGACUCUACCGAGGACCGCCAGUCAGUACAGCACCCUGACGUACCAAAGAGCCCCCUACUCACUGAACGCUAUGUCAAUGCACGCCGACUCUUACCACGCAACCCUUUACCAUCCCUCCGAGUCCAAAUACUCAAGGCACGGCGUCGCCGUCGACAACAGGGUCAUGCGAUCCCCCUCCAUAGACAGCAUUCACAAAGACCCCAGGGAGUUUGCCUGGCGGGAUCCUGAGCUUCCGGAGGUUAUCCACAUGCUGCAGCAUCACUUCCCCUCUGUACAGGCCAAUGCUGCAGCCUACAUACAGCACCUCUGCUAUGGAGACAACCGCAUCAAGACAGAGGUAUGUCGGCUGGGAGGGAUCCGACACCUGGUGGAUCUGUUGGACCAUAAAGUUCUGGAAGUGCAGCGGAAUGCCUGCGGUGCUCUCCGGAAUCUGGUCUUUGGCAAGGCCACCGAUGACAACAAGGUGUCUGUACGGAAUUCCGGUGGAAUACCAGCUCUGCUCCGACUGCUUAGGAAGACCACGGACACAGAAGUGAGGGAGCUGGUAACCGGUGUGUUGUGGAACCUCUCCUCGUGCGACGCUGUGAAAAUGACCAUCGUGAGGGACGCCUUGAGUCCUCUCACCAACACGGUGAUCAUCCCUCACUCAGGGUGGGGCGGUGCCCCCCAGCGAGAGGACCACAAACUCAAACUGCACUCCUCCCUGGUCCUGCGCAACACCUCCGGAUGCCUCAGGAACCUGAGCUCUGCCGGAGAGGAGGCGAGGAGACAGAUGCGUUGCUGUGAGGGUCUAAUCGACUCCCUGCUCUACAUUAUCAAGACUUGUGUUAACACCUCCGACUAUGACAGCAAGAUUGUGGAGAACUGUGUGUGCACUCUGAGAAACCUCUCGUACCGGCUGGAGCUGGAGAUGCCGCCGUCUCGGCUGCUGGGCAGUCAGGAGCUGGACGCCAGGCCAGGGGGCGACAGUAAGCAGGCAGACUACAGCUGCUGGGGCCUGAGGAGGAAGAAGAAGAAGAGAUCCUGGCAGGACGAGAAGUGGGACGGGGUUGGCCCCAUCCCGGGGUUUUCGGGGAGUCCGAAGGGGGCAGAGAUGUUGUGGCACCCGUCGGUGGUGAAGCCGUACCUCACCCUGCUGGCCGAGAGCUCCAACCCCGCCACGCUGGAGGGGGCAGCGGGGUCUCUACAGAAUCUCUCAGCUGGCACCUGGAGGUUUGCGGCCUAUAUUCGGGCAGCGGUACGUAAGGAGAAGGGUUUGCCAAUCCUGGUGGAGCUGCUGAGGAUGGAUAAUGACCGAGUGGUCUGCUCCGUAGCAACUGCGCUGCGUAACAUGGCAUUGGACGCCAGGAACAAAGAGCUGAUUGGGAAAUAUGCUAUGAGGGACCUAGUGACUCGUCUCCCUGGUAACGGGCCCUCCUUGCUCUCUGAUGACACGGUGGCAGCGGUUUGCUGCGCUCUGCAUGAGGUCACCAGCAGAAACAUGGAGAACGCCCGAGCGCUUGCCGACACGGGCGGCAUCGACAAACUGGUGACCAUCAGCCGUGGCCGAGGGGAGAGGUACUCUAUGAAAGUCGUGAAGGCAGCUGCCCAGGUACUAAACACCCUAUGGCAGUACAGGGACCUUCGAGCCAUCUACAAAAAGGAUGGUUGGAACCAGAACCACUUCGUCACGCCUGUGUCAACGUUAGAGCGAGACCGGUACCGUUCGCAACCCACCCUGCCAACAAGCACCUUACAGACCUCCCCUGUCAUCCAAUCAGGUGGCAGUGCCACUUCCUCACCUGCUAUGUUGGGGAUCAGGGAACAUCGGCUAAGUCAGCGGAGAACGCAGUCUUCUAUGCAACUUCAUAACUACUACAGUGACAACAACAGAAAUAAAAAUCAGUACAUGGGAUCAGGAAAACAAUCAGCAUAUUACAUAGGUUCUUAUCCGUCACCGACACAAGAGGCGUCGAGGAGAUCCCAGCAUGCUCAGCUGUACUAUUCGGAUGAGCCCAACCGUCGGAUUUAUGACUCGUACGGCAUGUACCUGUCCUCUCCGGUCGCCUAUGACGACCCUUUCCUGGACGAGCCGCUGCGGUUCCCCAUCGUCAGCGAACGGCAGGGGCUCAAAGCCAACACCAACUACGUGGACUUCUACUCCAGCACGCACAGGCCUUCCUACAGAGCACAACAUUACCCUGCCUCUCCUGACUCCUGGGUGUAG